CCCCCUGUCAUAUGACUGCUGCCUACUUCCUGGUCCGACGCCGCUGUUCUCAAGCAGUUGUCAGCUCUUUCCACAAUAGAUCUCUUCUAACCGACGACCAGCCAUGUCCCCUUAUGCUGUCUUUGUGUUAUUUCUUGCCAUCGGCCUUGCUGAUCCCACUUCCCUCAUGGAUGAUCCUGACAUGGAUGAUGCCACUACUACUUUGCUCACCACUGCUAUAGAUGAAACUACAAUUACCACGACUACUACAGCUGAAACGACUACCACAACCGAGGUGACUACAACCACCCCGGCACCAACUACCACAACCGCCACUGAGGCUCCAACUACCACGACCACCACUGAGGCUCCAACUACCACGACCACCACCACCACCGAGGCUCCAACUACCACCACCACCACCACCGAGGCUCCAACUACCACCACCGCCACCACCACCACCGCGGCUCCAACUACCACGACUGGUUCUCCAAACACAACUACCACAAAUACCACUUCUGCUGUCCCUACUACCACCACCACCCCUGCCCCAACUCUUCCUAGUCCCACCACUCAUCUUUAUCAAGUCAAAAAAGACAAUGUCACCUGUCUGAUGGUCAAGUUUGGUCUUCGUUAUGGUUAUCAAGGAGUUAAAUAUGAGGAGAUGAACUUUGAAUCAAACCAAACUAAUGUCACUGGGUCUUGUGGAGAGGACAGCAGUGAGCUGUUGAUAGAAGCAGACACAGUGACUUUCAAGUUAACCUUCCUGAAUGACACAAAGAAGUUCAGCCUCCAUGGUCUAAAUGCCACUGGAAAGACAAGCUCUGGCGUGGCAUUCACAGAAUCUAACAGCAACUUGACCCUCUGGCAAGCAUCUCUUGGCAACUCCUACAUGUGCAACAAGGAGCAGAAUUAUACUAUCACCAAACAGCUGACAAUCUUCACCUUUGAACUCCAAGUGCAGCCUUUUGGAGUCAAAAAGGAGUCUUUUAGUACGGCCCAGGAGUGUUCUUUGGAUGACACCAGCAUCUUAAUCCCAAUCGUUGUUGGCGCAGCCCUGGCUGGCUUGAUUCUCAUUGUAGUGAUUGCUUAUGUGAUUGGCCGAAGAAAAACUUAUGUUGGAUAUCAGACUCUUUAAUUCCAAUUGUAAUCAGUCAGUGUCAGGGUUUCCAAGCAUGGUCCUUCUCCUUUCAAAAAUUAAUAAUGCAUAUAUUAUCAAUGAAAUCAAACAAAGAAAAGCUUUUGUUGGCAGUUUGUCAAAUCAAAAACGAGAACAACAGAUUGCUAAAGUAUGAAUGGUCUUGGAUUAUUAAAAAAAAAAAAAAAAAAUAGCCCUGUAUUUGCUGCCGGGCACUUUGUUUAAAUUCUCAAGGACCAAUCUUGUCUACCCAGUGUUUGUCCUCAUUUCUGUCUUGUGGUUUUUUUUUUUGUUUUUUUUUUUUUAUUGUUUUUGUUUUUUUUUUUCCUUUAAUGUGUGAUCUCUUUUUCAUGAAUAAUAUGGCUUAAAAUUUUCUCCUAGUAUACUGUCCCACAAUGAAUCGUUACCCCUUGUUUUAUGUUAAUAUUACACAUAAGCAUUUUCUGCUCCAAUUCUCUUAACAAACGCCAUUCUCAAAGGCCCGUUUCACUUCUGUGUUAUUAGAAAGUUGUGAUGGCCUAUUCCAUAUGGUGAGAGGAGAUGAUCCAAUGUUUUCUCCUGCUGAGCAGGUGGAAACAUGGCAUUUGUACAGCUUUAUUGUAUACAUGGGAAAUUUAGCAAUUAACCUUGUGCUAACAAAUGUACAAGGUGGAAUUAAAUAGAGGCCACCAAGCAACUGGUUUUACCUGAUCGUUGUGCCCCACCAAAAGUACAAGUUAAAUGUCAGUUAAAAGGUUUCUCACACUUGCACAAGCUGAAUCAUUCAGGUCAGCUGUUUUAUUUGCUAGCUUAGUACUUUUGGCAUUGUAGGUAUUGAAAAGGGAUUGCUUAUUGUGUGGAUAAUCACUUUUCAGCUUAUUUGAGAAGUAAUUCUGUUGCACUAAGUUUGUUUAUUGCAGUAAAUAUAUGCCAUCAUGUUUUUUUCUUUUUGUGUGAGGGAGGGCCACUUUGUGCUCUAAAUCUUGUAGCUUCACUUCAACCUGCUUAAAAGACCAAGCCUAAAUAUUGGAAUGUUGGAUAUUAAGAAAAAUAUGCCAUGUUUGAUUAAUAAGAAUAAAAAUGGCUUAAUAUUCCCUAAAAUAUAAUAUCUGGUAAUUUGGCAAGCAAUUUGUUGCAGAGUUCAGAAUAGUCAGGGUAAAGUGCAGCCUCCAAAGAACUGUUUUCUUAAGAUAGUAAGACAAUGCACCACGUGACAGCUGGCGUGUACUAGAGCUCGGAGUUUGGAUGUGUACUUGUGAACAAAUGGAAUUGUAUGCCUUUUAAUGUUGCGUAAUAUAUUGAGUGGAGCCUGUUGUGUGUGUAUAGUUACUCUCUGAAAAGAUGAUUUUGUUGUAUGCUGACUCUGCCUUAAUUUCACUUGAUGGUUUUGCAGCACUAAGAGACUUUUGUAAGUCAUAAACCAAACCAUCAUACAUUUAAUUUCUUGUAGCUCUUUUAGAUCUUACCUAUUUCUUAUAUUGAAAUGUCUUGAAGCUGUGUUUUUUGAAAAAAAAAAAAUGUAAAGGGAAUUGUGCAGCAAGAUGAUCUUAAAGAAUAAUGUCAGGAUGGCUGAUUUAAUCUCCACUCUUAAUACAAUAAACUGGAUUGAAAAUGAAAA